GGUGGGGGUGAGGUUCGUUCGCGUCAGUGUGUGUGAGUGGUGGUGAGCUAGCGAUCGUUCACCCCUUUUGUAGCUUUUUAAUUUGUGUACAUUAUUAAUGGAUGAUGGGGCGCUUCUAUCGGAAACUGCUGUAAACUUCAUCCCCGCACCGCAAUCACACAUUUGUACCGACAUCGGUGCGAGCGAGACCACCAUCAUCUACCUUCGUGCAUCCAUCGAAGCCCUUGAGUUUUGUUUCCCGGCGGUUUUUACCGUCGUUCUUUCAAGCGCUAUGUAAAACAAGGCUUGUUUGGAGCACGGUCUUCGCCUUCUGCCCCACGAGCAGGCCCAUCAGGCCUCACAGGCUUCCUUUGAAAGGGGAAAAAGAAGCACAGGUGCAGAAAUACAAUGUAACAAUUUGAAUGCUGUAGGAUAUACCCUAGGACAGCAAUAUCCGCAAACUUCAGAAUGCAAACAUGACAAAUGUUAAACAGGGUUGCUAUGUACUUCUAGAACGAAUACCACAGAAAGUUCUUGAUGUACUUUUAUGUAGACAACCGAAUUUUAAGAAGUCAAGAAUUGAGGACGCCCCUGCGGCUCCUGACAGCACCACAUCCAUGUUUGUCGAAGGUGAAGAUGUCCUUGUUGACCGAAAUCACACUGGUCAAUUUUUUAUGGGUACAAUUGUGCAGAUUGACAGAGCCACAGAAAAAUGCAUGUUGCGUUUUCUGGAUAACAAGGAAUGCUGGGCCCACUUAAAUGAGUUGCAAAGAGUUAAAGAUGACCCUGAGGAAAUUCUCUGUGUUAUUUGUAAGAAAAUUGACCAAAAUGUUGUUAGAUGCCCCAAAUGUGGACGAGGUUAUCACAGAUCAUGUUUAGAGCCAAGCGUCCCAGUAGACCCUGCAGCCAAGUGGCUCUGUAUAAGAUGUAACAAAACGCUGAAGAAGAAGCGUGGCAGGCCUAGCUUAGCCUCAGCUCAUGCUAAUGCUGAGCUCAGAAUAUCCUUACCAGCAUCCCUGCCAAGCACACUGUCUUCUAAAACCGCCGCCAGUAUAUCAGUGUCGGCUGCAAUAUCUGAGCACCAUCCUCGUGUGCCAUGUACAUCGAAUGCCCCUCCUAGCCCAAUAAAGAAGAAGCCCAUCAUUCGUGAACUGCCUUAUUCUUUGCAAUCCUUGGUGUGGGAUGAGUCACACAGGGUAAAUGAUUGUCAGCAGUAUUGCUACUGUGGAAAACCUGGUGACUGGUAUAUACAAAUGCUACAGUGUGCAUAUUGCCGCCAAUGGUUUCACCAAGACUGCCUAUCCUGCCUUCAUUUUCCUCUAUAUUGUGGUGAUCAGUUGUAUCUUUUUUUGUGUUCUGUGUGCAAUGAUGAUGAGUUCUUACGAAGGUUUGAUUUUGGCUGGGUAGACAUUGUGCAUCUUGUAAUUUUCAACUUGAUAUUGUUCAAAAAGAAAAAGUACUUUGAUGUUGACAGUGAGAUCAUUCCAUAUGUUAAAAAUAAUUGGUUUUAUCUGCAAAUUCCUGCUCAGCUUGUAAAGUGCAGUGAUUCAGAACUGCGAAAAUUUAUACUGAAGAUGCUAGAAGAUAACUCAACAAAAAACUGCCGUUUUAAAUCUGGAAAGGAGUUAAAUACUAAAAAGCGGAUUUGGGGCCUUCGAAAUAGAGUUCCUCCCAAAAGAAUUGCAUUUUCCUUGCCCCCAGUUCGACCUCUUACAGAUGAUGCUGUGAAGUCUUGGUGGAAAAAGUGCCAUAUUACAUUUCGGCCACCUUUAGAUGCAAAGUAUUUAAUGAGGAAGGAUACUGUACUGCAACCAGAUGGUGAAAUGUCUCAGUUUAACUAUUGCUUGAUGCUUGGCCAGUCUCCAUGUGCUCCUAUUAAUAUUUCAAGAAAUCUGCGAGAAGCUGCCAUAGGCAUUCAUCUUCUUGACCCUAGUAUUCUGCUCCACAAGUUUUCAUCAACUAUUUCAGUGAAUGGGCAAAAGGUGCCCAUGGAUAGUUACAUUGGUUAUGCCAAAAAGUCCUCUGCUUUCUGUGCUUCUAAUCGGCUAGCCCUUCAAGAAUCAUUGCGACACAACCGACGAGCAAAUCGAAAUAAGGUCUCUCCCAGAAGUAAAGCACUUGGGAAAAAAGAAUUGUUGAGUGCAGGAAACUGUGAUGACGUUUUGGAAAACAGCAGCCAAGAUGGAUAUGACUCUCUUGACAGUCAAACAAGUUUUUCGGAAGAUGACACUUGUGUCUCCUUGAAUGCUGAAAGCUUUGAUGAAAAUGAUGCAAGCCAAGAUGGCUACGAUUCAAGUGGGGAAGAAAGUGAUUUAAGUGUUGGAGAGGAAAGUACGUCCCUCUCAGUGCCCAUAUCCCUAGAGGACAGCCAAGACGGUCGAGAGAAAUUCACAAUUACACUAAAUGAAGAGCCUAAAGUAGAAGAGAAACCAUUUGUUGAAGAACUUGCAUUAAACAAAGAUGAAAUUGUAGCAGAGACGGAUGUAGUUUUAAAAGUUGAGAAAUUUGAAUCUGAGUAUACAGGACACCAAGAGCUGGUAGAAACCCCUCUUGCAUGCACAAGAUUGGAUGUCACACCAUCAGUAGCUUCGCCAGUUACUGAAUCCAUUAUGCCCUCAGUUUCUUCAACACCAGCCGACACUGAAUUUGAAGAAGAUUCCAUCAGUCCCCCAGAAACUCGACCCUCAAGUCUACCUACAAUAGCUGACCUGAUAGGGGCCCCCAUAGUCCUGCAAAAGGAUCCACAGGACCUUCUGCUCCCCUCUCUGCCUCGACUUACCCCUGUUAUCAAUGAACCACCACAAGCGCGUGCUGUGAAGAGGAAACUAAGUGAGAAAGAUAUCAAAAUUGUGAAUGGGCAAGUUAAACAAAGAAGACGCUUAAGGCGUCUCCAGUCAAAUCAAACCAUUGGAACCAAAACGGUGCACUUGGACUCUGGUGAGAAGUUGGAGAAGCGUAUUGUUGGUGGCAAACUACUCCGCAGUCCUCACAAGCCUAUUGUUCCGGAAACUACUACUGAUGUACACCUCCCUCAAGGGGAGACUUCAUCAUCUUCAAGUUCCACCUUUGCACGCCCUGAGGAAAUGUCAGUAUCUGAUGUCAAGAGAAACAUUAAGUCCAUAUUCAAUGCUCGCAAUCGAAUUGCUUCAGGGGAGAAGUUUUUAGUAAAAGGUAGGAGAGUUACUGCAGAUGGAGUUGAGUACCUUAUUCAAUGGGACUAUUCAUUAUAGUAUGUAUGAUGAUAGGGUUUUACUUCAUUCAACCAUCCAAAGUUUAGACUAGCGCAUAGUUGUUUAAUGUGAUAAGAGUUUUAAACUCCAGGCUCCUGGUGGUACAAUAUGUUUCACCUUCUACUUGGGACAUUUGUUCAGGUUUUCAUAUUUCAGAUUUGUAAUUGCAUCAUUCCCAAAGGUUUCUUUUCCAUGUGCUUUAAAAAGGGUAUUGUAGUAUAUUUUGGAAGUAUGGAAAUUGUCCUAUUUUAGUUGUUUUUAUCUGACUCGUUGUGCAUUUUUAAUUUCUGAUGCUUUUUUUUAUUGUGUGUUUAGAUAAUUGUCCAGUCUUAAGUUUUCCCAUCUUCUACCAUACACUUUCAAUUUUUCUUCAUUCAAUACAUUAACCAGUGCAUUGUUUCACUUUUUUUUUGGACUGUGAUUUUUGUGACAGUAUGGCACAAAACAUGUAACGCCUAAGUUAACUAAUUAUUCAUACCACCUUGCUAUGCCUAGAUUCAAUCUUUAUCUUCUUGAACUAGGUAUUCACUGAUCAUUUUUUUUUAAAUCACUGAAGAGAAGGAUCACAUGUUGUUAACUCUUGACCUUUUAAUUUUAAUUUUCUGUUGUACAGAAAUAAUUUUGUCUCUGUAUGGGAAUAUCCAGCCAAAAUCAUGUUUGCGAAUCGCGUGUUACUGCUAUUAUCUUUUUAUUAUGUAUUUGCAAUGUGGCUUUCAGUCCAAAAUAUUUUUUUUUCUGACCAAAACCAUUUUGUAAACAAAAUUUCUUUUUUUAAAAAUCUCAUAAGGUUCAGGUAUUAGCUCAUUUUAAUGACAAGCUGUGAUAUGAUGUCAAAGAGCCUAGGAAAAUUGUGGAGUUGUACAGAAUCAUUUGGUAUCAAUCAAUCAUCGCAUUAUGAAAUGUAGCAAAUAGGUUAUCAGGUUUUGUUUGCCCCUCAAAGGUUUUGUUUUCCCCUCAAUGUAAUUAAAUUACCGCAUCUGGAAGUUAAGAACUGCUGUUUUUCAGAGGUCAUAGAGGUUCUAGAUAAAGUCUUCCCACUUAAAAAAUUGGCUUAGAUGAAGGCCAUUAAAGCUUCCACUCCUCAGUGAUCUGAUUUGUUGAAUUCUGUGCAUGUAAACCUUCAAAGUAUGGUAACUCCUUCUCCCUUAAUCCCCUAAGGCUUUCCUUGUGUCCUUACAAUCCCCUCCCUCCACCCCACUCCCUAUCCCCUCUCUUUUACCUAAACUUAAUUCUUUUAACUGAGUGGUGCAAGUUUUCUGUAUAUAGGCAUUGUACUAUGAAUUAUGACUAACCACUGCCAUAGAUUUAUUUUAAUUAUAUGGAUGACUGUAAUAGUUUGUGGUUUAAAUAUGUAUGGUACUUGCUGUAUUGUUGUAGACUGAAUUAAGGCAACCACUCCACAAAUUCUUACUUGAAGUGUUAACCUAUCCUACAAAGUAGUGCAUUCAAAGACACAAUAAGUCUUUGUUGAUUUACCAGUGCUGCUCUUUUACUUUACUUUUAAAAUUGUCUGUGUCAUUUUACCACAAUGUGUUCAUCUGAUGGACUGUAGAGACUGCUUGGUUUAAAUCUGAGGGCCUUGCCUCAUAGUAUUAUAUUUAAUAGUAUUUCAGUUUCAAACUAAAAUUACCCAAUGUGAGGAGUGACAAAUUUUCGGUCUUACUCUAUAAUUUACUCAAAUUUAAUUUGGGGUAAUAUGGCAAAUAAGAAAUUUGCUUCUCUGUGUACUUUUGCCGCAAUCUCUUUGUGCCAAAAGUUGAAUCGUACCAUCAAGGAAGGUACCUAGCUGUGAGGAGCCUUUAAAACUUAUUUAUCCACUGGUGUUUAUUAUCUACUGUACAAAAAAGGGACCAUAAGGAAGGGUAAAGUAAUUGGUGUUAAUAUUAUCUUGUGUUGUAUGAAACAUAUUAUUUUUGUACUUAGGUAAAUUUGUGCUCUGGAAGUGAGGCUUUCAUAUUGUUGCCUUGCUACUAAUAUGGUUCUCUUCUAAGAGAGUUAAUUUGAGGGUUAUAGUGUGAGUUGGUUCAAUUGUAGCAGCAUUUAUCAGAUGAUGGUUGGGGUUUUCUUGGGCAUUGGUCCAUACUGUUCCUUUUAGAGAAUAUUUCAAGUUAAAAUUGUAUUGAAAUACUUUCAUACUUUUAUGUUUUGGUAUUACAAUUAACUCUCUUGCUGUGCAUCGGAAACAUUACUUUUCAUUUGAAUAUCUUUUAUUUCUGUGAUAUUUUAGUUAUAGGAACAACCACAGGUUUCUAUGUUUUAAGUGUAAGGAAAUUGUGCAUUUCUUAGCACUCAGCAGCAAUUGGUGAUGUUUGUGUCUUUGAGAAUGAACUUGCAGCUUUGUUAUGUUAUUUGAGGGGUGGAAUUCAGAAAUUCCUAAUGAUUUGUGUUUCACAGGGUGCACUGAGAACUUGGAUUAGAAGUUAAUGUCUGUAUUUCUAAAAUUUUGUUGUAGAUAGGUUUGAUGGAAUAGCUAGUUGGACUUAAUUGUUGUUUGUUUUGUUUGUUUCUCCUUCUGUUGGGUUCAUGAAGGUCGACAUCCCUAAAUGUCUUGAAUUUCAUCAAGAUUGAUUAAUACUGAAGAUAACAUAACUUUUAUGUAUAUGUGUCAUGACAGGUUGGAAAUCAUUUAAGAAUUUGUUCUCACAUCAGUGCAGAUUUGAAAUUAUUGUGAAGUAUACUUUCUUGAACUCAUGUACUGUGUUCAUGCCAUCGUCAGAUUCAGGUUAACUAGCAAUCAAACUUAAUCUGUCGAUCUAAUACAAUGUCCUUUAAUAAGGAAGAAGAAAACACUAUUCCUGUGAUGAAUAAAAUCAUUUUAUAAGCACAA